AUGCUGCGGCUGCUGGCCGGCCUGCUGCUGGCGCUGCGCCUCGGCGGGCCCUCCGCGCCCGCCCAGCCCCUCGGAGCGGCCACCCGGCGCGCCAGGGCCGGGGGCCGCCCCCUGCCGAGCCGCGCGGAGGGGGCCGGGGCGCUGGGCCUGCCCCGGGAGCCCUGCGGUCAGACGGCGGCUGGGGUUAUUGAAGAUAAUCUGUGGCUUCAAAAAGAGAUGGGAUGUCUGGGAAUGACAGCAAUGCCCUUACCUCUGGUCGUUCAAGCAAGUGAAGCCCCUCACCGGCUCUUGACUUCUGCAGCCUCAGACAAUCAGUGGAGCCAUUCGUUGUUUGCUUUGAUACCCUCAUGGACAAAGAAGAUUUUGUUCAAACGAGAGUCUUCUGUUAACCACCAGCUGCCUGAAGAUGUGUCCAAUAUGUCAGUGUCUUCUGGGUUUGGAAUAACCCUUCAGAAAUGUGGUGUGGUGGAUGUUGAACAUGACCCUCAAACUGCAUACAUUACAGUUCUGAUUAAUAACACCAACAUGCUGCUCUCAACAAACAUUACAGAUCUUAUCCUCCUGGACAAUAUCACUGGUCUACAUGUUAAAAAAACCAGUGGUGAUAAGACCACAGAUGGCGUACAGAUUUACAGGAAAAGAUUCUUGCAAGGUGGAGAACACUUUGCAAUCAACUACUCUGCACUUCUUGAUGCAAAAGAAAUGUGGGAUGGCAGGGUUUUGACACUGCCUGUGAAGCUAACUUUCAGGAGUUCAUCACAGAAUAAAACACAUCUCGUAUCAUUGACAGCAUCGUUCACCAUAACUGAAGAAGAAAAGGCCAAGAUUUCAUACAGCCAUGCCAUCCAUGCUUCAGGGUUCUUCAUUGCUUUCUUUGUUUCCCUUGUGUUGACAUGUGCUGGUUUUUUCAUUGUUUACCGAACGCAAAUAUUAAAAUGGAGUUUCCGUAGUAAAAACCAGGAGAUACAGCAUGACCUCAGUCAAAAUCACAAACUAGAGCAUUCUCAGUUCAAUUCAGGUGAUCUCUUCAGUGAAGAUAUAAUUAUGAAUGAUCAAAUCAUUGAUAUCUUGUCCUUUGAAGAAUCUGGGAACAUGCUUCAGGCUUUGGAAGACUUGGAGGUUGCCAGCCUGAUGCGGGCAGAUGCUGAUCUGGAGGCAUAUCGGAUGCAGAUAUGUAAAGAAGUGAUUGCUAUGAUGAUGAAGAACAUGGUCUUAAGUCACAGCCUCUUUCCUCAUGUGGAGAAGAGGAUGAGUUCAAUUUUCAAAAAGCAGUUUCUUGCAAUGGAGAAAGAGAUUCAAGAGGAGUAUGAAAGGAAGAUGGUGGCUUUAACUGCUGAAUGUAAUCUGGAAACUAGGAAGAAAAUGGAGACACAACACCAAAAAGCGAGAACCGCAAAUGAAGAGGCUGAAGAAUUAAUGAAGAAAAUGAAUGAAAAGCCUGCUGUAGAAUACAGAAGUCUUCUGGAUAGACUUCACAGACUGGAGCAGGACCGCCUGAAGAGGUUCCUUCUGGUAAAGCAGGAGGAAUAUUUUGCAAAAGCUUGUAGACAAUUGGCUGUUACCCAGAGAAAGGAGCUCCAUAGUAUCUUUUUUACACAGAUAACAAAUGCUACUUUCAAGGGAGAACUGAAGUUGGAAGUGGCUAAAACAUUAGUGGAAGAUUACUCUAAAAUGCAGGGAGGCAUUGAAGAGCUAAUGGAUUUUUUGCAAGCUAGCAAGAAAUAUCAUCUGAAUAGAAGAUUUGCUUACAGAAAGUAUCUUAUAAGUAAGAUGCAAUUAAGGGAUUCUCAAGCCUCUGCUCUUAUAAAUGCAGCGGCAAUCCAGAUAUCAAGUCUCAUUACUAAGAUGCAAAGAGCAGAUCAUCUACCUGAAAGUCAUUUGGGAAUGCUGCUGGACCGAGCUGAGGCUGAAAUUAAUUCCGUUAAACAGAAAUUCGACCAUGAUUUAAAACAAGAAAAGCAAAAGCUUCGCCAGAAACUCAUUACAAAACGAAGGCGGGAUAUGCUGCAAAAGCAGAAAGAGCAUCGGAAAGAGCAGCUGUUGCUUGGAGACCCCUUCAAAAUGACUAAGGAGGUCACUCACUACCUGAGCCACUGCAAAAAUCUUCUGAGUGAACACACCAUUGAAUUUGAAGAACUUGCUGAAAAGCUUGACAAUGAAGCCAGUGAAGAGCUGAAAGAGCUUGUAUUUAGUCUAACAGAGAAAGCUGUUGAAGAGCUUAAACGUGUUCAGUAUGGAGUAUUCGUGCAAGAACUGGUCAAGCUCAAUGUGCCAAAGAUGUUCCUGCUGGAAGCUGUGGAGGAGCAUAAAAAAGAGAUGGUAGUUAAACAUGAACAGCUUGAAAGGGAAGAGUGUGACAAGAGCAUGGCCGCUGAAGAGCUGCUUCAGCUCACCAGGCAGAAGCUGAGCCAAGAACUGGAAACGAGUCUUUCUGAACAAAAAAAAUUCAGGAGCUGGGAACAAUCAGUAUUCAUGCAACUUCUAAGUUUACCCCUCUCACUAUCAGAAGAAGAAUUGCUUAGAAUGAGGCAAGAGCUGCACUGCUGCUUCUCUCAGGUGGACAGCAGCUUGGCUUGGCCCAAGAUCAGAGCAAGAACCUUGCUUCAGGCUUUCGAGGUGGAGUGGAGGGACACAGAACUGCUGAAAGUCGAUCAGAAUUUAGCAAUGACCAAUAAACAGCAGCAUUCUAAAAUGAAAAAAACAGGAUCCAGGAAUAGAACUAAGGUAGAUAUUCUGAAGAAAUCUUUACAGGACAAAAUUUUUAUUUAUGAAGACUCAGCAAAAGAUGAAAAUUUGAGUAAGGUUGAGUACAAGUUGCUGCUUGAGAAAGAGUGUCAGCUGCGCAAUGUGGAAAAUAAACUUGGAGAGUAUAUUGCUUCUUUAGCCUUUCAAAAGACUGUUAAAAAAUCCAAAAUGUUGGAACUGUAUACCGCUAUCAUAAGUGUACAAGCUUUGCUCUUUGAACAACUGAGCACGUCAAAAACACUGUCAAAAUUGGAAUGUAUUCAGAUUUUAGAAGCACAUAAUCCUGAGAUUGAAGAACUUGACAGGAAGCUGGAGUAUGAGAUAUUGCAUAAGGAGUCAGCUCAGCAGCAGCAUCUAAUGAGUAGGCAGAGGUGGACUCCAGAUGGAUUGGGACUUUCAGCUGAAGCUGUGGAAACAAAUGCAGAUAGGCAGGUGACAGUUCUGCUAAAACAGGCCAUGAAUAAAUGUAGGCAAUUUAUAAAUCUGCACCGGCAAAGCUUGAGAGAUGAGCAAUGGAAUUGCGCGGUCCUUGAAGAUCUCCUGGAAAAUAUAGAAAUGGAUGCAUUUUUGGCACUUUAUAGUCAGGAGCUCCGACUGGCAGGUUAUUUAGCUAAACUGACAAGAGUACCAAUGGGGAUGCUGCACAGGAUCCUGAACUUAUUGCUGCCCUCCAGCUCACGAAGUGAGGUUCUUUCUGUCCUUGAUUCCAUCAAUAAAUAUUCAGAUGGUGUUGCUCAAAGUGACAGUAAUGCAGAUGAGUCUGGCAGCUGUAAGAAAAGGAAGAACCAAGAGUUGUGGCAAGCACUGGAGAACAAAUUAAGGCAAGACCUGAUAAACAGAAGUUUGGAGAAGAUCCCUUCUCUAAACAAGAGAAAAGACAGCUUGAUAAAGAAGAAGCAACUUGCCCUCUUGGAAAAAGCAUCAUUCGUUCAUCUUGGAUGUUCACCUCCGCAUCCUCCUAUGGAACAGUCUGAUCCACCUGUUCCUUUGAACACUGCAACUGCUGAAGCCAUAGAGCUAUUAGACACAGGGGAGAAGGUAUUUUUGUUCCGUGAGCCAAGUGAUCCAAUACUUUCUUUGCAUAAUUCUCCAAGGAAAAAGAAAAAGAACUUUCUUAAUUCCAAAAAGGCUGCUCGUGCAAAUAUGGACUCGUGAGAGCGAAUUCUUUUCAAAGUAUCAGUUAGGGAAGAGGAAGUUAUUUAAAAUUCAGUAAAAUAAUGAGAAAGAACGAAGUGUGCAGUUUAAAUAACACAUGUGUUGUUUUAAUCUCAUUUGUCUAACUUUGUAAGUAGCUGUAAUUUUAAAAUGGUGCAGUUAGCAGUGUGCAUUUUGCAUUUUUUAAUUCUCGUCAGCAUAUGAUGCAGUAGAUGAAAUAUGGGUGUUUUAUGAUGUACAUUCUGGCAGGCAGGACUCAGUGUUCCUUCAGUACAUUUUGAUCAUUUUUGCACCAAUUU